AUGAAAACUUCAAUCUCCCCUGAUAUCAUCGGGGCAAUUCCUGUAAAGGACACUGCUAAAGAACAAUUCAAAAGUUCUGAAAAGGUUUAUUGUCGAGAGCUUUUGAGCAAGCUUCUUGAGAAGUAUGUGAUUGAAGGUAAUGUGAGGGGCCACAUCUUGAGGAUGGUAAAUGCAACUUCGAAGCUUAAGGCUUUGCAGUUUGUCCUUAAUGAAAAUAUCCUAAUCCUUUUGAUAUUGGAGUCCCUUCCUCGAGAAUUUGAUCAGUGUAAGAUCAAUUAUAAUUCUCUAAAAGAAAAAUGGACACUCGUGGAACUGACUCCCAGGGAUGUCGAGGAAGAAGAGAGAAUUAUGAAGCAAGGAAAGGACCAAGCCUUCUUUGUUGCCUCUUCCAAGAGGAAGCAUGAAGGUGGUCAUGGAAAUUUCAGGACCCAAAAAAAACCAUUUGUCCAGAAGGAUGCUCAAAAGGUUCCUAAAGGAAAAGGUCAUGAUGCCGGCACCUCUGCUGGUGUGGAGAAAAAUGCUUGCAAUUUUUGCAAGGAGAUAGGCCAUCUCCGGAAGGACUGCCCCGGUUUCCUUAAGUGGAUGAACAAAGGAGGGAUUAAGUUUGAUCCGCACCAUAAAGGCAAGAACAAGAAGCAUUAAAGUCGCCAAUGGGAAGGAAGCCGAUGUUGAAGCUGUGGGAUCCCACACAUCGGAGCUGCACACCGGCUUUCAUCUACAUUUGAAUAAUGUCCUUUACGUAUCUACAUUGAGUAGGAAUUUGAUUUCAGUUUCUUGCUUGGACGAUAUUUCAAUUGCAUGUUUGUUUGGGAAUCAACAAUGCGUUAUCAAACAUUGUAAUAAUGACGUUGGCCUCGUUG